AUGGCCUGCGCGUGGCACGCCAUCGGAACCCGUGCCCACGCGGACACCGGCAUGUACUGGACAGCGACCAUCGACCUCGAGUACACGGAGUCGGGCGAGAUCUACCAGUAUUUGACCUCGCUGCAUUGGAGUGUUGCUACCUUUCUGGGCGGCAAUUUCGAGAUGUACUGCCGCAAUUCCAUCGAGCGCGCGGUCUCCAUUGGUUACACGAUGGCAGGCCUCGUGUAUGGGUCCAUCCUGAUCUCCCUGCUCUCGGCUGCGCUGGUGGACCGAAACGAAGCCAGGAAGCUGCAGACCCAGAGGCUUGUGACGCUGCGUCGAUACCUUCGAGAGAGGAAGAUCGACCAGAGCAUUGCAGUUCUUGUGCAGCAGCAGAUCACCGAGCGCCUUGGCAAGAAAGAGGCGCUCUCCGAGAAGGAGGUGGACAGCCUGGGAUACUUAUCGAAGGCCCUCCGGUACGAACUGAAGCUGGACAUGUUCCGCCGCCACAUCACGACGCACCCGCUGUUUGACCUCUGGGCCGCUAUAGAUAAAAGAGCGCUGCAGUCCCUCUGUGCGGAGACGUUGGACUUCCAAAACAUCCUCGCCAAGGACGACCUCUUCACCGUGGGGGCAAAGGCGGUGGCCGCUUACUACGUGGUCAAGGGACUGUUUCAUUACGCUGCCGACGCGACUGCUCUGGCCUCGCCGAGUGUCGUUCGCAAGAAGACCUCCCUGACAAUGUCGUCGGUGGAGUUCGAUGAGGCGAUGGGUAUUGAGUCCGGGGCGUGGCUCGCGGAGGCGUGCCUGUGGGUGGACUGGAGCCACGCCGGCACCGCGGAGGCGGUGCAGGCGUCCCAGGUGCUUACCGUGAACGGGGAGGGCGUCUGCCGGGCCAUGGCGGCGCACCCGCACGUACGGGAUAUCACCGUGCAGUAUUGUACGUUCUUCCACAAGGCAGUGACGCAGGCUCGGCCGCCAGAGGAUUACCCGGACGAUCUGCGCGUGCCCCGCGCCGAGUUCAGCAGCCUGGUCCUGAGGAUGGACCGGGACAUCCAAGUCACGGUGGGCCUGCACGCGAUCGCAAAGAUGAAAGUCAAUGCGGGCGUGGGCCGUUUCAUGAUCCUCACUGGCAAGGACGACAAGCUGGACACGCUAAAGAAUGAAGUCGAGUCGGGCAAGAGCACGCUCCUGGUUUCCGCGACGGGGGAGGUUGAGCGCUUCGUCUCCUUGGUCGCGGUCAGGCUGGUCAACAAGGAGAAGCAGCUGCUGGUGCAGCUCGCAAAGCAGGAGAACCAGCAGGAGUCCAUCAAGGCUGACUGUGCGCUGCCUGCGCAGAAGAAGCCGUCGGGCGUGAGCGUGGAGGAGUCGCUCGACAGGAUCUUGGCGGACAAGCUGAGCCAGUUCACGGGGGGCGCCGAUGCCAAGACUGUGGUCCACGACAUCCCGCAGCCCGACGUGCGAAUCGAGGAGUCGAAGCUCUUCGGGAUCAAAACCAAGUAUCUGCGCUACGUGUGCACCGUGCUCGUCGUAGAGGCGAGCCACUCGCCCGCCUCGAGGGUGGCCACUGUCAGAUCCACUGGGACGACGGAUGCCAUCGCUGCGCCGCUGGCGGUGGGGCGCCGCGGCAGCCGCGGCAGCUUUGGGGCCCAGUCGGAGCCGGGGGAGGAUCCGCUGGCGAACGGGGUCGAGGACGGAGGGGUCCUCAGGGGGCUGCUCGACCGGAAUGUGCACCCAGUGGAGGCCGAUGGCAAGAUCACGUGGUACGCGUGGGUGUCCGAGGACGAGUUCGCCUUCCUGAGGCGCACCGAGGCGAAGCCGCUGCUGCUCAGGUGGCUCGCGUCGUGCUCCCCCAGCCAGGCUGAGCGGCCGUUCGACCGCGAUGUCUCCGACGUUGGAAGCGGGGUCAUUUCGCCCAGGACCCUCGCGCAGCGCAUGAUGUCUCCGUGGCACCAGGCCCAGGCGGCCGACCAGUCCCCGCGCGGCGUCGGCCACACCCCUGCGGGCGCCAGCAGCGCUCAGACAGGGGCCUCCGUCCCCGAGGGAACCACCCGCGGAGACGGCAGUCACACGACGACGCCCAGGCAUGCGCCCGUCCAUCCGUCUGAGACGAGGCAGGCCGGCAGCGAGGAGGUGACCAGCGAGAUGUCGCUCGCAGAGGAGUUUCACCAGGAGGGGCACCGGCCACAGGCGGUGCUGUGA